CGGUGCGCGGCCGGCGGUGCAGACGGCGGCCACGGGAGGCGAGGCUCGGACUUUUUACGUUUAAUUUCCCGUCCCCUGCCAUUGUGCGUCUUAUUUCCCGUCCCCAGCCAUUGUGCGUCUUAUUUCCCGUCCCCAGCCAUGCCUCGCCUCACCUCCCUGCUGCGGUGCGUGGCGGAGUCCACCAAGAAGGCGUCCAACCUGCCGGAGGGGUACAUCAAGCGGGCCAUGGAGCAGGUUGCCUGGAAGAACCCUCGUGGUAUGAUGUACCGGAGGGUGGUGGUCAAGAGGAAGAAGUACCACUUUGACGUUCACAGGCCAUGGUCGCAGGAGUUUAAAAUAGAUAACGCACCUGGGACACGUAAACAGAAAGUGUUCAUUGAGCCAAUCGGGGAGUGGAGCUUCUUCAAGGGUGACCAGGUGGAGGUGCUGGUGGGGAAGGACAAGGGGAAGCAAGGCCUGGUAAACUACAUGGUGGAGGAGAGGAACUGGGUCAUGGUGGAGGGACUCAACUGUGACUACACUACUGUUGGAAAGACCAAGAACUACCCAGGCAUGUUGAUGAAGACUGAGCAACCUCUGCUAGUCACUGAGCAUGUCGCUCUCGUGGAUCCCUCAGACAACAAGCCGUGUAAGGCUGAGUGGCGCUACACUGAGGAGGGGGAGAAGGUGAGGGUGUCAACACGCACGGGAAGGAUCAUUCCCAUCCCCAAGAUGGCUGAGGAGACCCCAGAUUACAAGACCAAGGCAACGUACGCUGAGCAGGACAAGGACACAACAGCGGAUUUAGUAACCAGCAUCACAUUUCAACCCACUCUGAGGACCUUUGAGAUGGACAUUGCUGAGAAGAUGGGCAUCAAGGAGGACAGGAUACCCCAUAAGACCUACUGGUACUGAGGCUGUUAAGUUUCAUGUGUGACGUGCCAGUGGUGUGUGCACAAGACAGAAAGUUGAUUUGCAUUUAUAUCACGUUACAUCAGCUUUUUCAUGUGACAUUGAGGAGAAAAGGUAUUUAAUUGAUCGUUAUCAUCAAUCUGACAUUUUAACUACAGCAACACAGUACCUGUUAUUGACUGGUUGCUUUCACAUUCAGUUGACCUUGAAGCUGUGUCAUUCAUCAUAACAUGCACGCUUGAUGGCAACUAUGACUUUGUAAAGUUGAUGUUUGCACAUCACAUUAAAUCACGGUGUGUCAAUUAUGUUUCCAGCAUUGCACACACACAUAACAUACACAUGGAGCUCUAUAGGGCAGGCUCACCUCGUAACUGAAAGGUCCUGGUUUCAAUUCCAGGGCAGAGUGGAGAUGGAUGGGUAGUCACCUUUAAUCCCUGCCACCUGUCCACCCAAUAGUGAAUUUUGUCUUGCCUCUCAGGGAGGUGUGGGUGGGAAGUCCCAGCCAUUCCCAGAGAUCAGUUAUCUGAGCUCCAAGCUCAUUUAGGGAGAAUGCUGGCUGGGGAUCACAAGCUCAUCACAUGAUCUGACCAUGGUGAAUUACACACACACACACACACACACACACACCGCUCCGGUAGCUCAGUUGGCUAGAGCACCGCGCUGCAAGGCUUCACGGCCAAACAGGCAGCGGUUCGAGCCCCGCUCAGGCUGGAUUUUUUCCGUUGACUAGGAGUAGUGGUUACUGUCCCCCCUUGAGCAAGGGGGAUGGGGUGUGUGGUGUGUGAGGUCCUGGCAGUACCCAGAGAUCGACGUUAAUGAGCAUGCACUUGCUCCUGCCGGGAGGGUACCUGCUGGCGAAAGCGAGUCCAACUUGUGAUCAGGCCGAGGUAAAUUACACACACACAUACACACCGAAAAAUGCAACAUUUUGUAAUAUUCCAUUCAAUGACUUGGGAGACAAAAAGUACAUCAUUAAAAAGACCUUCAUUAGUAUUCAUAUGAGAAGCGUCACAAACAUUUGCAGUCAUGCUCCGCUGGCCACCCCUCAACCCAACCUAACAAAAACUGAUGGACUGCCUUUCCAUCGGAGUAAAGGCUGCAUAGUCGUGUGCACCCAAGGCCAUCGUCAAAAGAGUUUUGUGUAGCUAACAGGUUAAAAACAAUGGCUGCCCAUUCAAUUUUACAUGCCAUUUUACCCUCCUACACAGCCAUAUUAUAAUACUACUUGUAUUUGACAAACAAAGUAAAAUUAAAGGAAAAGAAUUCCCAACUACAGUGUCCCUUCUCACAGGAGCGGUAUAUGUUUGUUACACACAUGGAACCAGGAUGCAAACCCAGGUCUAUAUAUUAUGCCAUUACACACUAAUAUUCAAAAUAAAUAUUGUUCCUACUUGAAAAGCAAAAAGGGACUCAUUUUGUGAUGGCUUUGGGAACACAAUCAUUGCCUUCCACCAUUCACUUGUGUACAACAAGAAGUAUGAACUGACUGCUAUCUAUUUAAGUGGGAGAUUUUUGGAAGAGUUUCACGCUGCUGGCAAAGGUGGAUCCAUUACCCAUGUGUUUGUUAUCAAUGCAUGUCUUGUAAUCACAGGACCAACUGGCACAGUAAAUGAACAGAUGUUUUCCCAGUUGUUAAUAGUAUCAAGUAUCUCAAUGUAUUGUCCUCCAUUGUUGGUCGGAAGAGAACCUUCCUACUCUGUUUGGCAGAAUGUAAAUAUAUUUGUAUGUAAAUUUUA